AUGUGUGCUUGGUGUGUAAGUGUUCUUGGAUGGUUCCGAGACUACAUUCGAUGUGAAUAUAGUGAAGCAGAUGAUUUGGGUCGCGGGAUAGGUACACAAGGGGUUGAAGGGCUUUCUCAGACGUCGUAUGUGCCAGGCUUUGAUCCAUCUCAGGACAAAAAAGAAGAAGACUGGUGGACUCCAAUGACUUCGGUCCGAGGUUCAGUGGAUAAUCCAGUAAAGAAAGAAAAGACAGAGAUGAAUACAGCUCCACCGCCGUCACAGUGGGAGAAAUGGUGCAAAAGAAAAGGUCAUGGACUUCAGCUUAGCGAUUCACCAUUGCCAGAAGAUGCUUCUCCGCAGGCGUCACUUUAUUAUAUCUCCGAAGAGUCAUGGAAAGGAUUCACGGAAUGGGCAUUAAAGCCUAUACCUUUAACAAUUGGUCCUACAUGCUUUAAUUUGUCUGUAGCUACAAGAGUAGUAAGUGCUGGAAAAUGGCUUGGAAACGAGGAGAUGGAUGCGGUUAUGUUUAUAUGGCGUGUGAACACUACAUUGAAUCGUUGGGCCCCUCGGCGUGUUGCUUUCAUGAGUGCUAUGUUUUGCCUCCAAGUAGACGCUGCAUACAAGAAGUUUUUACCAAACAAAAAAGCCUAUCAAUUGCCUGAUUUCCUUCUUGGGUACGGCAGAGGAGAGCUUCCAUCUCAUGGGCGGACUGAUCUAGUUUGGGGUGUUGAUGUUGAUCGACUCUACUUUCCUCUGUUUGUAAAUGGUAAUCACUGGGUUGGUGUCUGUGUAAACAUCAUUGAAAGAAAAGUAGAAGUCUUUGAUUGCGGUCGGGGAAAGAACAGACAGUACGUUGAGAAGUUUGCUGCUAUCAUUCCUAGGAUUGUGAAGUCCGUUGCACCACAAGAAAGACAGAAGCAGCUACUCCUCUCAUCAUAUUCUAUCGUGGAUGUGCCUAUGAAGUUGAGAUUGAAUAAAAGUUGUUGUGAUUGCGGUGCAUACGCUUUGAAGCACUUGGAAUGCUCGCUGCUUGGUCUUGACGUCAGUUUAGUGGAUGAUGAAAUCAUUAUGGGUUGUAGACAGAAGAUUGGAGUGGACUUAUGGGAGGCUGCACACGACCCCAUCUUUGCUGAGGUUAUGACACGAUAUGUGCCUUCACCAUGGGAGAGGUCUGAGGUCUUUGACCUGGAGGAUGAUUGAUUAACUGUGAUUUUAGUAGUUUGGUUUGUUAGAAUUAAAAACAACUUUGGCUUUGGUAUUUGAUUUGAAUUAAGAAACAACUCUAGCUUUGAUUUUGUAUAAAUUAUGAAACAACCCUAUAAAGAACAAAAUCAUAAAAACUGAGGACCCAAACCCUAAACAAACCCUUAACUAAAACCAUAACCAUAGACAUACCCUAACCAAACCCUUAACUAAAACCAUAACCAUAGACAUACCCUAACCAAACCCUAAAACCAUAAUACAAUCAUGAUUCUUAAUCAUACCCUAACCAAACCCUUAACUAAAACCAAAUACAAAUUAAUCCAACGCCUCAAACACACACCUAUUUAUUGAUUAUUUUUGUACAUUGGUCACUAUCUAAGUACGUCCAUCCACUAUGUUUGAUAGAUGUUUAAACACUAAUUUAGAGGGUUCAAAGACAAAGUUCUUGUGGUGUUAUCGAUAAAUUUAAUGAUUUUUUUCUGCUCUGCCUUAGCUAGAAUACGCGUUCUGGGAGUAUGAAACGACGUAGUUUUGGUUAUUUUUUUGACCUAAUCUCUUUUCUUCCUCAUUCUUCCUCGACAGAGAGAUUGCAGCGGCGAAAAUUUGGAGAU